AAUAAUAAUAAUAAUAAUCAAUAAUAAUAGAACAGGAAAGAAAUGAAUAAUAUUUCAUGGAUAUUAAGUAUUUUAAUAAUAAUAAUAAUAAUACUAUUACUACCAUUACAAAGAUGUAUAUAUGGAUUUAUUAUGGAAUAUAGUUCAUUAAAAAAUAUACGAGAAGGUGUUGAAUAUUGGAGACUUCGAAGUCUUGAUCUUGGACCAUGUUUACAAGAAGGUGAUGCCUAUUGUAUGAGACGUGUUGCUAAUAGUAUGUGUUCAUUAGAGAAAAAUGAAUGUUUUUGUAAACCUGGUUAUGUAUCAAUACAAGAAAGUUAUGGAAUUACUUGUAAAACAUUGUUAACCAAUUUAAAAUGUCAAGUGGAUAGUGACUGUAUACAUGUAGUGAAUAGUGCAUGUCAUCCAGGUGCAGGAUAUUGUGCUUGUCCAGGUGGUACAAUUUAUGUUUCUCAGGAUAAUGCAUGUCGACAGUCAGCAGAGAAUAAUCAAAAUCCAUUUUGUUUAAAAUGUCGACAAGCUAAUGGAGUAUGUUAUCAUUAUUCUUCUAAUCAAAUAUCAAAUUCAAAUGAAGUGAAACGAUAUAAACGUUAUGAAUAUAAAGAUCAUAAAUUAAUCCCUUUCAAUAGCCCUGUGGAUGUAAUAUUUAAAGAAAUUCUUCAAUAUUCCGAAAAUACAGAGACAUAUGGAUGCAGUUGUCCACAUAAUACUGGAAUGUUAGUUUCAUUUUCAAUGAAUGAUAUAACAACAAAUAUAAAUCAUAGUCACUUACAAAAACCACAUCAUACAACAUCAUUCAAUAAACUUGAUGAAAAUAUAUCCUUGUCAACAUAUCAGCUUGUACCACAUCAGUUUCCUCAAUGGUAUUUUUGUAAAGCAAUAAUGGUCGAUUUAUGGGAAUACUGUAACAAUAUUGAUUUAUUAUGUCGAACUAAAAAUGCACGUUGUAUCAGAACGGAUAAUGAAUUAGAUUUAAUUCAAUUUACAUGUCAAUGUAUACCUGGUUAUAUACCAGUUUAUCAAAAUCAUUUAGAUUAUCAUGAAUGUUUUCGUCAACUUGAAGCGAAUCAUUCCAGCUGUUCGUCAUGUAUUCAUUCAAAUGGAAAAUGUUAUACAAUGAAUGAACAAGACAUUGAAUCAUCGAUUGGUUGUUUAUGCCCAAAUAAUCUUCAAUCUAUAAUAACAUCUUCAACACAGACUAAUUUCAUACAACAUACUAAUAAUAAUAAUGAUAAUAAUAUCCCUAUUGAUAGUAAUAAUGAUGAGAUCAUAAACAAUAAUGAUAAUGAUAAUCAUUUACAGAAUCAUUAUAAAUCUAUGCUAUCACAAACAACAAUAAUGGAAUAUGAAGUAUGCGGAGAAAAUUUAGUACAUGUAUUUUGUCAACGACAUUUAUUAGAAAUUUGUUUCUUACCAAUGAAUCAAUCACCAUAUGAAAAUUUAGCUGAAAAUUUACAAUUACAUCAUUCCAUUGCAUUUAUUACAAAUUUAACAAUCUAUCAAAAAUUGAUUAAUACUUGUAUAUUAAAUAUAAAAAAUUCUGGUUUAUAUCAUAAACAAUGGAAUAAUACAAUAUUAAAUUAUAAUAAAUUCAAUACAAAACAUAUAUGGUGUAAAACAAUUGAUUGGAGACAAGAAUCAACAAAUAUACCAUGUGGUCUUAGUAUUACUGAAUAUAUGACUGGUGAUUUAUAUACUGGUUACUUGGCUAUAAUUACAAACCAAGAAUAUCGUAACCAUGAAGUUGAUCUCUUGUUUCAAUUUACAUGUAAAACUAAUAAUGAUGUACCGCAUCGGGUACCUGGACAAGUUUUCGAAAGAAAUAUUAAAGUUAAUAGACAAGAUCUACUUGAUGAUUCACCAUGGCCUAAACUUGAUGUUAAAUUUACUGUCAAAGAUGAAAAUGGACAAUCAGUACAAACAAUAUUAGAGUCAACACCAAUCAGAUUUGAAGCUGAAUUGAUUGAUGAAUUAAAUGUUUACAAAGCUAUUACUGUUGAAGAAUGUUAUAUGAUAGACAGGAUAAAAUCUGGUCAAAGAAAUGAAGAUUCAAAGGAAACUCUUUUAUUAUACAAAGGUUGUCCAAUGUUCAAAUCAAAUUUAAACAAUCAAUCAAUAAUUGGAUUUAAUUUUCAAAUGAAUCAAUAUGACAAUGAAAAAGUAUUCAUAUUUCAACCGAAUAAUCAUAAUAAUUUAUAUCAAUUACAAACUAGUUUAUUUCAUCUUUAUUUAAAUAAACAAUCAAUAAUUGAUUUAGAUAUAACACAAUCAAUCAAUAAAACAAUCAAAAUGAUAAAACCAAAUAUGGAAAAAAUCAAUAAAAAUAUUACAAUGAUUAAUAAUAAAUCAAUGAAAUUAAUAAAUAAACCAAUGAAUUUAUUGGAUGAUAUAUAUAAAGAAAAAUUAAAUGAAAUUGGAUAUAGAAUACAUGAAUUAAAAUUUACUUGUAUAUUUCGUAUAUGUAAACAAUUAGCAUGGUGUUCAUGGCCUUCUGCGUGUGAUUCAACUAUAUCAAGUUUGAAUAAUCCUCGAAUAACAUUUCUGCCACCAAGUCUACGAAUUAUACAACGUUCCAUACCAUUAUAUUUAAUUGAAAGUAUUCCAAGUAGUCAGUUACCAGUGAAAAAACAAGUUACAUCAAGAAUUUGUGGAGAAUUAUAUUGUUCAAAUACAUUACAUAUAUUAUUAAUGAUGAGUUUAAUUGGUAUAUUAACUUGUUUAAUGGGUUUAAUGGGUAUGUUAUUAGCACGUAAAUAUCGUCAUCAUCUAAAUCAAACAAGAAAUUCAUUAAUACAAUCAAAAUCAAUCACAAUCAAACAAAAUCAUUGUACAGAAAUAGAUAAAAAUUAUUAUAAUCCAAUUAAACAAUCAUCUAUAUCACAAUAUAUAAUUCAUAAACCACAAUGUCAAUCAGAUCAACAAAUAGAUAAUGAAAUAUUCAAAAGUCUUUUAACGGUUGAUAAUCAUAUUACGAAUAAUAAUAAUAGUAAUAAUACUAGUAGUGUUAGUAAUACUAGUAGUAGUAGUAAUAGUAAUAGUAGUAAUAAUAAUAAUAAUCAACCAUAUACAAUGGAUAUUAAAGAUUGUUGUAAAUAUUGGUUAAAUGAACAUUCAUAUGCUAAUCCUUUAUUAUUACAAAGAUCUUUACCUCAUGAUCUACCAUUACACCAACAUCAUCAUCGUCAUCGUCAUCAUCUUCAUCCUCAACAACAACAACCUUAUCAGCAACAUCAACUUUAUCAUUCACAAUGUCAACAACAUCAACAACCAUCACAAUAUGAAUUACAACCUUAUCAAAUUUCACCAUCAUCUACAAUGGCUACUCCAAGUCAUUGUUCAUGUUUAAAUGAGACAUUAUUUACUGAUAAUAAAAUAAUACAAAAUUUAUCUAAUUAUUAUACAUUAAAAGGUUAUACUACAUUACCAAUAAUAACUACAUCGAAUACAUUUACAUCAUUUAAAUCAAUAGAAAAUUCUAAACAAAAUGAUGAUUAUCCAUUGUUGAAUAGAACAACAACAGCGUUUAUAUUGGAACCAACACAUACAAUGAUAAAUAGUAUCAACAGUAGUAGUAAUACAACAACAACAACAACUACUACUACUACUACUACUAGCACUAUCACUACUAUUAGUAAUAAUGAUACUCAUAAUUAUGGAAAUAACAAUAAUAUGAGUAUAAGCACUAUGAGCAAUAUUCAUGAAUCCAUUACAUCAUCGUAUUCAACAACAAAUAUCAGUAGUAAUAAUAAUAAUAAUAAUUCAGUAAUAUAUUGUUCAGAUCAAUUAACAGAUUCUUAUCCCCAUUCUUCAAUUCAACUCCAAGAUGAUGUAAUACUAUUUCAAAACAAUAAUAAUUCAACUAAUGAACUAAAUAAUAAUCAAUGGGGUACAAUAAAAAAUGUACAAUUUAUAAAUAAUAAAUCUAAUCAUUUAUCAUUACAAUCUCAAUAUAAAAAAUUAUCUACAUUUGAUGAUACUAUUUAUUUUGGUAUAGAUUAUCAUAAUCCUAAUUGUACAAUAAAUCCAGUAAUAGAAACAAUACAAUUAGAUACAAAUGAAUUACAACAUAAUCAAAUACAAUCACAAUUUAUACAACAAUCAUUGAAAUAAUAAUAAUAAUAAGAAGAAAAAAGUAUGUAGAUUCUUGAAAUGUAUUAAUAUAAGUAAUUGAAUAUGGUGUAGAAAGAUAGAUAUUUUUUGACGAAGUUUUGCUUACUAGUGAAUGACUUCAAGAGAUAUAUUCUGGAGUUCUAGUGAGAAGCUGUUACCAGUAGAUUUCAAUCAGGUCGGUUGUGAGAUACAAAUUCACUGAAGACAAUGAUGUACGGUGAGGCAACUUCGUGGAUUGAUUGAUAUUAGACAUUGACACUGUUUGAUGUCGGCCAGAUCAGUGGUCUAGUUGGUUAAGCGCCUGACACGAGACUGAUAGGUCCUGGGUUC